AUGGCCGAGAUACGUCCAAUCAGCGCCGAGUUGCGCCAAGUAGCCGAAACGGAACUGAACGAGGUGCCAUCGCGUUUGCCCGACGACCUGAAAGCUCUGCGGGAUUGGCUAGCCAAGCAGCCGCACCUGAAGGCACGCCAGGAUGCUCAGUUCUUGGUUGCCUUUCUGCGAGGCUGCAAGUUCAGCCUAGAGAAGGCCAAGUCCAAGCUGGACUACUUCUACACGCUGAAGACCAUGAUGCCGGAGGUGUUCGCCAAUCGUGAAAUGGACGAGAGGAACAUUGCGGUGUGUCGUGCAGGCACAUACGUGCGUUUGCCCAAGCCCUUCGGGCCCGGCGGACCGCGCAUUCAGUUGACGGACUACUCGAACUUCGAAUCGAACGGCUUUAAGUUGAUCGAUCUGUUCCGGUAUCAGACGACGCUACUGGAGCAGCUGGUGCGCGAGGAUGACAACGCCGUCAUCAGUGGCACCAUCGAGAUAAUCAACAUGUCCAAGAUGAGUCUCAGCCUGGUUGCCCAGAUGGACAUUUCGCUCAUCAAGAAAAUGGGCGUGUUCGCCGAUAAGGGUACUCCCAUCCGGCUAAAGGGCGUCCACUUGGUCAACUGCCCCAAGGAGGCGAUCACUGUGCUCAAUCUGGGCAGAAGUCUUAUGCCCGCCAAACUACAGAGCCGAUUCCAUGUGCACAGGAAUAUGGAGGAACUCUCUCAGAUAAUUCCGCGCGAAUAUAUGCCAGAGGAGUAUGGAGGCAGCAAUGGGCGUAUUGCUGACAUCGUGGCACAGGCGGAGCAGGAUAUGCUUAGCUAUAGCAAUUACUUAAAGGAGGAGAGUAACUAUGGCGUUGACGAACAGCUGCGACCGGGCAAACGCCUAACAGCCGACUCGCUAUUUGGGAUUGAGGGCUCCUUCCGCAAACUGGACAUCGAUUAGAUUAGCUCACAUUGAACUGAAAUUGAAAUUGU